UAGCAGCCAAACUAGCACUGAGCGUCAGUCCAGCACCGACAGGACCAGGGCGAGUGCUGUGGCGAGGUAAUGACAUAAGCUGUUCACCUAAGACUCAGAGACAUGAGGACAAGAUUUGUAGAUGAGCUACGUGAAUGUGGUGGAUAUGCCUUCCAUGGAUGGAGUGAUGAGGACGUCAUGAGAAAAGCAGUAGGACUUUAACAUCAAUUUUUGAUCUAUAACUCAUGAGCAAUGGACUGCUUAUCUCAUUGUGGGUGCACUGACAGCGAUUUGAAGCGUUGAGGAAUAAUUUUUUAGACAGUCCACGAUGUUGAAGCGGUGGCUGCUGGCCCUGGUGGCCCGAGUUGGCCUCAUCGCGCUGGGUCUCUGCUGCUGUCUUCUGCUGUUCUACCUCCUGGCCUGUAAACCCUCACACUACGGCAAACAGCAGUCUCUGAUGUGGUCUGGAGGUGCCACCAGUAAGGAGGGAUAUAUGGCCUUAUUACAGGAGCGGGAAGACUCACACAGACAUUACAUCAAUGGCCUGACAAAGCAGAUAUCUGAGCUGAAAGAGGCCCUCCAGGACAGAACGCAGCAGCUUCAGGAGUCUCUGAAUAAAGCUAAAAGUAAAGGGAUUCUGCCUCAGGGACUGGAGAGUCUGCACAAAAACCCAACGCAGUCUGACCUCAAGGAGUUCUUCCGCUCCCAGCUGAACAAAGCAGAGGUGAACUUUGGUGCAAAGCUGCCCAGCGAAUAUGCACUGAUCCCUUUUGACACUUUCACCCUACAGGCGUCACUCAGGGUUUACCAAAUGGAAACAGGGCUGACGAGACACCCGGCCGAGAGGCCUGUGAGGAAGGACCGCAGAGACGAGCUGAUAGGCUGUGUGGAAACAGCUCUGCAUGUCCUCAAUGGACCCCAACAACAUCUAGACAACACCAUGCGCAAGACUACAUACUCCCCUUCAGACUUCAUACAGGGACUGACUCGCACAGAGAGGGACAGAGGAAGUGUUUAUGAGCUGACGUUUAAAGGUGGCGGCCCGCAGGACUUCACGCAGCUGGCGCUCUUCAGGCCGUUCGGCCCGCUGAUGAAGGUGAAGAGCGAGAUCGUGAACACGCACAGCUUGCUCAUCAACAUCAUUGUUCCUCUCUCCAAGAGGGUGGACACAUUCAGACAGUUCAUGGAAAACUUCAGAGAAGUGUGCAUUCAGAAGGACGGCAGAGUUCAUCUCACGGUUGUCUACUUUGGUCGAGAUCUGAUAGACCAGGUUAAAGCUAUCCUGGAUCAGACCACCAGAGAGACUCGGUUCAGGAGCUUCACUCUGAUCCAGAUGAAUGAGGAGUUUUCUCGUGGGCGAGGCCUGGACGUGGGUGCCAGAGCUUGGAGGCGGAGGCAGAAUGUGCUGCUCUUCUUCUGUGAUGUUGACAUCCACUUCUCUGCUGACUUUUUGACUUCCUGUCGUCUGAAUGCCGAACCUGGUAAGAAAGUAUACUAUCCUAUCCUCUUUAGUCUGUACAACCCAUCUAUUGUAUACAGCAAUCAGACAGUCCGUCCUUCCCUUCAAAAACAGCUGGAGAUAAGGAAAGAAAGUGGAUUCUGGAGAGACUUUGGGUUUGGGAUGACAUGUCAGUACAGGUCGGAUUUCAUCAACAUAGGUGGCUUUGACCGUAGCAUAAAAGGCUGGGGAAUGGAGGACGUACACCUGUACAGGAAGUAUCUUCACAGUAAGCUGAUGGUGAUUCGGGCUCCGUCUCGAGGGCUUUUCCACCUGUGGCAUGAGAAAAGCUGUUCACAGGAGCUCCCUCCAGAAAAGUACAAGAUGUGCAUGCAGACCAAAGCCAUGAGCGAAGCCUCCUAUGGCCAGCUGGCAGAGCUCCUCUUCAAAAGGGAAUUUGAGCUCCAUCUGAACUCCCAAUAACAAACUGCAGAGAGGUCUGAUGUGGACAACUGAGUCGGACUUGUAAUGUGACAUCCAUUGAUUGCAGCUAACUGUUGUUAGACUGACUGAAUAAAUUUGAUUGCUCUGUUGUUAAAACACAAACACUGAAAACUUGUAAAAACUUAUCUUACAAAUGGUGGACCU